GAGUUCUGAACUUUUCGUGAAGGCGGUCACCACAAUUUUCCGUCUUAUAUAAAGAGUGAAACAAUAUCUUAGUUCGCAGAUUGUUGUUGAUUAUUUCACCGGAGAGAUUACAACAAGUUCUGAACAAUCCAUCGGUUCAUUUAUCCACUUUGAUUAAGUGCUAAUAAGUUUGAGGAUAAAAGUUAAUUCGUUAAUCAUAUUUGAAAACUUAAUGAUCAAACUAUAUAGUUGACCUAUUGUUUUAAUCAACCUUCAAUUACCGACCAUUAAGAGUUGUGGUUAUAUUCAAAAUUUGAUUGUGAUUGUGUUAUUGUGAUCAAGUUAAUUACAAUUUUUUUUACCAUUAACCAAGGUGAUUAUCAAUCGUGCAGUUAAUUAUCAACAUUUUCCCCACAAAAUGUAUCUAUCGACAAUCGUUGCUUUAAUUGUGACCUUAACCUUAACGGAAGCUAGAAAUGACCUUAAGACACUUGAGACAGCCUAUUCGUCAAGAUAUCCAUUACCACCACCAGAAUAUGAACAAUCUCAUGGAUCAUAUGGAAAACAUGAUUCUUCCUAUGGAGCUCAUGGACACGAUGAUUAUGGAACUCAUGACAAGUAUGGUGAUCACAAUCAAGGAUCUCAUGGCUUGAAAAAAUACUCCAAAUACGGUUUAAACAAAGCCGAUGGAGCCCAAAGCGGCGCUUAUGGCCGUAACCAUGGUUAUGGCCUUUACUCACGAAACCGAGGGUAUGGUUAUGAGAAACACUAUGCUUACGACAAAGAGUUUUCAACCAAAGAGCAUGGAUCAGAUCAUGCAACUCAAUCAGGUCAUCAGGGUCACCACGAUGAACACGGUCAACAUGAUCUUGCCUCACAUGGUGAUUAUAAAAAUGACAAAUAUGGAGCCCAUGAUAAGUAUGGUAAACAUGGACAUGGUAAAUACGGUCAACAGGCUGGUUCAUAUGGUAAUCAUGAUUCUAAUUACAAAAGAUUACCUAAGCAACAUGUCUCACCCUAUCUCGGUAUGUACAGAACAGGGUAUCCAUCAUCAGGGCCUUCCAACUAUGAAGCUCCGAUUCCAUAUGAAGCUUCCCAUGAGCAACCAUACCGAACCUAUUCCGAUGCACCAAAAGCUGAUUCACCUCCAUCCAAAUACUACUAAUUUUCAAUGAAAUCAUCAAAUUUAAAUGGUAACAAUUAACGAUAAUCUUUCAGAAAAAAAAAUCAGAUAAAAAUAAUAACAAACGAUUAUCAAUAUCGGUUUUAUUAUAAUCCAUAACAAGAGAGAUUAUAAUUUCCGUUUCCAUUCAGAAUUAUUAUUAUUUCUGAAUUUGAAUAAUUUUCAUGAUUCUCUUGCGUUUAUGAUUGUUAUCAAAUCGUUAUCAUCAUCGUUGUAAUAUAUUUUCAUUACCAACAACAAUUUAGCGAUUGUUUUAUUGUUAAUUAUCCUCUUUUUUUGCUCUCAUUCAUUGUGUUAAUUAUUAUCCAAUUUUAGACUCAAGCAUCAAAUCAAAAAUCAUAAAAAAAAAUUCAUCAAGAUAUUUUUUUCCUAUUCUUUCAUCGUACUAAUUUGUCAACGAUUAUCAAUUCUGAACUAAGUUCUGAACAAUUAUGAACAAUCACCAGAAUGAUACUCAUGAAAUUGUAAUUGAGUUUUCUAAAUUGUCAAUUAUAAUUGUAUUGUUUUCCCUGUUCAAUCUUGAAUCUUAAUUGUCUCCAAUUGAUUUACAACCAUUGACAAAUUUGUUAAUUUAUAUCAUUCUACUACUUAAAUAAUAAUAACAACAAUUUAUCUAAUUACGAAACUAAUUAAACUUAUUCUCAACCCAAA